UGGCGACGUUCGCGAGCGGGUGAGACGCUAGCGGCGGGGCCCCGGGCAGGCUCCACCGCAGGCCCGCCGCCCGGCACCGUUGCGCCGUGCCCGCUCGUUGCUAGGCGCCGGGGGCGGAGCGCGCGGGGCGGGCGCCAUGGACCAGUACUGCAUCCUGGGCCGCAUCGGGGAGGGCGCGCACGGCAUCGUCUUCAAGGCCAAGCACGUCGAGACCGGAGAGAUCGUGGCCCUCAAGAAGGUGGCCCUGCGGAGGCUGGAGGAUGGUAUCCCCAACCAGGCGCUGCGGGAGAUCAAGGCUCUGCAGGAGAUCGAGGACAACCAGUAUGUGGUGCAGCUGAAGGCCGUGUUCCCACAUGGUGCAGGCUUUGUCCUGGCCUUUGAAUUCAUGCUCUCGGAUCUGGCCGAGGUGGUGCGACAUGCACAGCGGCCACUGGCCCAAGCUCAGGUCAAGAGCUACCUACAGAUGCUGCUCAAGGGCAUCGCCUUCUGCCAUGCCAACAACAUUGUGCAUCGGGACCUGAAACCAGCCAACCUGCUCAUCAGCGCCUCCGGCCAGCUCAAGAUUGCAGACUUUGGCCUGGCCCGAGUCUUUUCCCCUGAUGGCAGCCGCCUAUACACGCACCAAGUGGCCACCAGGUGGUACCGAGCCCCUGAAUUGCUGUAUGGUGCCCGCCAGUACGACCAGGGUGUUGACUUGUGGGCCGUGGGGUGCAUCCUGGGGGAGCUGUUGAAUGGAUCACCCCUGUUUCCUGGGGAGAAUGACAUCGAACAGCUUUGCUGUGUGCUGCGCGUCCUGGGCACCCCCAAUCCUCAAAUCUGGCCGGAGAUCACGGAGCUGCCCGACUACAACAAGAUUUCCUUCAAGGAGCGGGCAGCCCUGCCCCUGCAGGAGGUGCUGCCCGACGCCUCGCCACAGGCCCUGGACCUGCUGGGGCACUUCCUCCUCUACCCGCCGCACCGGCGCAUCCCUGCCUCCCAGGCCCUCCUGCACCAGUACUUCUUCACAGCCCCCCUGCCCGCCCACCCCUCGGAGCUGCCCAUCCCCCAGCGCCCUGGGGCACCCGCCUCCAAGGCCCAUCCAGGCGCACCCCAUGUCCAUGAUUUCCACAUGGACCGGCCGCUGGAGGACUCGCUCUUGAACCCGGAGCUCAUCCGACCUUUUAUCCCACAAGGCUGAGCAGUGGUCCAUACACUAGGGCCC